AUGGAAAGGAGGAGCUCCAAAUAUUUGGAGCUUGUUCAGCAUGGUCUCGCAGCAGUCCUCCACAAGCCCCUCCGCAAAGCGAAGCGCCGCCGACAGGACAAGGGCCCGAAGGAUGGUGGCUUGGAGAUUCUAGCCCCCACGGUGCCAGAACUGCCGGAUGAGCCCAUGCAGUCGGCAGCUUUUGCUGAGAACUCUGAGGACUAUCCCGAAGGGAAUGUUGAGGAUGGCGGCCACAGGAGGCAGAGGAGUGACGAUGAAGAAGGAGAACAGCUCAAGGGGAAGCAGGAUGCUGAGACUCAGGACAAGGGUAGUGAGGGUAGUGAGGAGGAGAAAGUGGACAUGAGGCAGAAGGAAGAGGGGGAGGCAUCCGAUGAGAAGGAGGAGUCAGAAGCUGAUGAUGAGGCUGGCGAAUCACAGAAGGAUGGGGAAGGUAAAGAUGCCGAGGAAAAGGCUGGGGAGGGGGAAUCCUCGGAGGAGGAGGAUGAGGAGCAGGAGGAAGAGCAGGAGGAGCAAGCAGAAGAGCAGGAGGAUGAGGAGGAAGAGGACGAGCAGGAAGAGCGAGAGGAGGGUGAGAUCGAGCACGAGGAUGAGGAGACCGCGAGCAGGGAUGGCGGCAAGGCUGCAGAGGCCGCAGAGGCCGCAGAGGCCGCAGAGGCCGCAGAGGCUGCAGAGGCGGCAGAAGCCGCAGAUCCCAGCCCCGACAUGCAGCCGAUUAGGCUCGUCCCAAAGCAGGACUCCAAGCGGCGCUCGUCUUCAGGCAGCGCACCAAGAACAAAAGAAAAGCAAGAAAAGAAAGAAAAGCAUAGAACACGGAGACAUUCAAGAAAGAAGCAUCCUGAUAGCUCCUCUGAGCUAGUCAAGGACAGGCGGGGUGAUGGCACCCUGACUGGCAAAGACGGAGGCAAGAUUCGGCCCCGGGGCAAGUCCCGCAGUUGGUCACGUGAGCGCAGGCAGCCUCUCCCACGGCUGAAGAGCGGCAGGGACAAGAGGGACAAGAGGGACAAUAGGGACAACAGGGAGAAGAGGGAGAAUGACACACUUCAGAGAAGGGCAAGAAGCAUCGACAAGCGAUCUCCGCGUUCGCCGCGUUCGCCGCGUUCGCCGAUCGAGCGGAGAAGAGGCGAUCCAUCUCGGGCUCCGCGGGCUCCAGGUUCUGGUGAAGGCAAGUGGUGGGAGACGUUAACGCUCGACAAAGGCGAUGGGAAGGACAAGCACAAGCGAGAUAAGCGUGAUGCCACGGAUAGAAGGCGAACCUCUCCGCAGAGCAAAUCAAAGAAACGAUGCAGGAGCAGAAGGUCUGGAAGUAGCAAGUCCCGGAAUAACACGCGCCGAUCUCCAAAGCAGAGGUCUACCAACAGAAGAUCGCAAAGCAGAAAAUCCCGCAAGGGAUCUCGAAGCAGGAAGCGAAAAAGAUCCGGAAGUCAAAGAUCUCCGGCCAAGAGGAGUCCUAGCCCCAAGCCUUCCGCACGGGAUCCACAAAACGUAUCGGAUGCCAGAGCCAGAGGGUCUGACAAAGCGCCCAUACCUAGGAAGGGCAGAGAUGCGGUAGAGUCGAUUUCCGCGGCAGCCAGCGCAGCCACAGCCACGGCCACAGCCACGGCCACGGCCACGGCCACGGCCACGGCCACUCCGGCCGCAGACAUCGCCAUGAACUCCACAGGUUCGGAGCAUCAGGAGCCUUGCGAGCAGCAGGGGGAGGACUACUUGAAGCAGGCCGAGAAGGUGGCGGCACAACUGACAUCACUUGCAGCACUUGAGGAAGCAAGGAAAAUUGCAGCCCGAUUGGAGCUUCGAACAAAGGAUCAGCCGAGAGUGGACAGCGACAGCAUGCUCCCCGACGACCAGGACAGCUCGAGUAAGCUGCAAAAUGCCAGCCCAGCGAGAAAUGGCAUUCCAGAUGAGAAGAAGGACGAUGUGCAGAGGGUGCAGACAACAGCCAGUUUGGACAGUGAGGGCGAAUCUGGUGCGAAGCAGGAUUCGCCGCGAAAGGUACCCAUUUCUGAAAAGAUCGACGACACAGCCACACUGGUGCCUGGUGCGAAGGAGGCAGACACAUCUGUCGCAGUGGACAAGGAAGACUCGGCUGGUGCACAGAUUGAUGAGUCACAAAGAACAGCACACACUUCCUUGAGCAUGGACCGUGACAUGAAGUCAAAUGCUUCUCUGGUGCAGAGCCUGGAUAGCAAGGGCAUGCCGGAUGUACAGAGUCCCGUGAAUGACCUGCGAAAGGAGACUUCGGCCAACGUGGUGGAUGCGGUUGGUGCGAAGAUGGAUGCUGCGGACACGGGUCCAAGCAAAAUGCACGAUGGCCCGGGCCAAAGCCAACCCUCGGCCUUGGCUGCAACGGAUGGUCCAAUGCACAGAUUUACCGAUGCAUUGGAUGCAUUGGACGCUGCCAAAGCAGACAGCCCGGACAGCCCCCAGAAGGCACAAAAAGAACAAAAGGAAUCGGACAGGGAAGCCAGUGGUGCCAGGGGAGCCAGUCCUCCCUUAGCGAAGCAGGACGGAUCCCAGGCGGUACACACUUCUGUCAACGUCAACUUGGAUGUGAAGGCGACACCUGGUGCGAAGCAGGAUGCGUCAGGGAAGACGCAGCCUUCCUUGACUGCCGAUAGCUCUCCUCUGGAGCAGGAUAGAUCGCAGAGGGUCGAGACCUCUGCGACCGUGAGUGCCAAACGACUUCCUGGUGCGAAGCAGGAGAGUUCGAACAUUUCACAUAAGCUGACAGCUUCGGCAUCCGCAGUCCCUGCACCACCAGCUUAUUCGCUCACGGUGAUCCCAGACACCAAGGUGGAGCUGCUGAAGCUCGAGCGGCACAAGAGCCGCCCGAUGGCCUCCGUUACGCUGAACGAGGCGUCAGCUGCGAAGGGCAUCAUUGAGCAAAAGCCGGACGCCAUCAAUGGCGUCCAGGUGGAGCGUUGGGAAGCUUGCGACGAUCCUGCAGCCUUUUUGCUCAUGUGGAAGGGCAGCAGGGAUAGGCUCGAUGAGGCCACCCUGACUGCAUACUUUCAGAAGUUCAUCGAGGGAAUCAACAAG